CCGCGGAAGUGCAGUUAUGCCGUACCCGCCGAACCGUCUGGUACGCGACGCCUUUCGACCGAACAUUUCGUCGGUAAAACGCUAUACCCACCGAGAAUGCGUCUCGAUUUUAGUACGGAAACAUCGUUUUUCCCGUUUUGAAAAAUAGUCAUAAUUAUUAUUACUAUCCGUUGAGUUCUUUUGAAAACAAUCGAGAAUAGUUUUAAUUAAACAGAACAUUAUAAAAUUAAUAUAAAAUAACUUAGAAACACACAAAUAUGAUUAUCCCGAUGGCCGUCUUCCGUAAUAAAAUACUGAUCAUUCCGGCUAACUGAAGUACUCUUCUCUAUUGUUGCCGUGUUUUAUUCACCAUACCAAUAGUAAUAUUAACGCAGCAAUAUGCCGCCACCAUCAUUUCGGACAAUAAACUAAAGACUGUAUUCUAUUUACGAUGCAAGUCGUCUAAUGGCAACUCCAGCUCAUUCGCCUGAAUCAGACAAUGUUUACGAAAAAGCAUAUUCGUUGGUGGUCGAAAUCAAUAGCCAAGUGGCUCAGUUUCGGGAACUACUGGUGCACAUCGGCACUGCUCGAGAUUCUCCGGAAACAAGGGAAAAAAUCCGAAAGUUGCGAAGAGGAUGCGUGGAUACAUGUAAACACACAAGUCAAUUACUCAUACCUCAGAUGAGAGGGUCAACUUUAGAGUCAUCGCUGCUGGAUCACCCCGAAUUGGCCCUUCUGUUCUAUCUGUGCCAGAUGAUGUUGCGAGAACUCGGAAAAUGCAGUCGUCUUGUACAGCUCAUACCGAUGGACAUGACUGGAUAUUUUGAAAACCGUGCCGGACCAUCAAACAUCGGCAACGUCAUUAGUCAAAUACUUUUAUGCAAGCAAAUCCAACCGGACUUCAACCAAGAAGAAAUCUGUAGCAUAGCCAAAGACAGCCAAGAUCUGGCCAGGCUCAUCCAAGAUAUGCAAGAAUUCCUUCCACAACAAGACACCGCAGCUGAAAAAAAUUCAGCAUUAGAACCAGAAAACAGCAAAUGGAAACGAAAAGGAAGAAGAAAUUCAAUAUACACCAAUGUCAGUUCAUGUUGUUGUUUUUGUAGGCCAACUUACCUUUGAUGUUUUAUAUUCGUUGUAUUAGAGCGCACACAAAUAUUAUUUUUCCAAGCUCAAAAUAAAAACACAGUCUCUACUACACGAGUCCAACAUUGUAUCACGUACCCCAAUACUAAUGACCAACCCAUAUGUUCGCUAUUUAAUUAUUGAUUAUUUUAUAACAAUAACUUUUAGCAUAGUUUAGUACUUGAUAUCUAACUGGUCGAUGACGAAUUUAAUUCGUAUACAUUUUAUUUAUCAAUAUUCGUGUUAAUUCCACGUAUAAUAACCGUGCCCAAAAUAAAUACUUAUAACGUCAUCAUACAACGACCAAGUAUACCGAGUUUCCUUGUUCGUUGUUUUUAUAUAAGCCAUAAAGAAAUAAAAGACCAAAAACUAGAAAGAACUUAAAAAUGGAAUCUCAAUUUCUUUUAUUUAUUUAUUUUUUUUUUUUUAAUUCAUAACGAGAUAGUACAUGCUGUAAGUCUGGUAUAUGUUCGUGUAUAUUAUGAGUGUGUGUUUUUGCGAGAAAAAAUGAAAAUUGAUUAAUUUCCAGAAUAGUUUUAGGUGAUUAAAACUGCAAAACUUUCUUUGUCUUAACUUUAAUAUAAGUCGGAAUAUAAAUACAAAAACAUUCUCAGAAAAUAAAAUCUAUAAUAAACAAUGUCGAUACAGUGGAAUAUCGAUAACUCUCAAGUCCCAUGGGUAUAAGAUAAUUCUAGUUAUCAAAAAUUGAAUAAAAUAUAAUAUAAUGUAUGAUGUAUUUUUUUUUAAACCAAACAUGACAACAAAUGACUAGGUACAAGCUGUACAACAUGAAAACAUAAUAUAUAGUAGGAAUAAAUCACCGUACGUAGUUUUAUUAUUUUCUAUUUUUUUAUUUUAUUUUAUUUUUUUUUUUUUUGAAAUGAUUUAUAUUAAGCUGUUUUUAAUUUUUGUAAUUCUAUUUUUAAACGAAUUUUCAAAAUAACGAAAUAUUUUAUUUUCAGCAUUUUCAAAAUACCCUCGGGCCUCGAUAGUAUGGUCUAAAACUGUGCUUGCUUUGUUCCAAUUUUCUGAGUAUAAUUUUACGCUACUGACAGUUUCCUUCAUCACUACAGUCACUAAAUUAGAAAAUAUUAUAACCGCCACGGUACUCUGAUCACGUAUUAUACUAUUCUGAUGGUUUCUUAGCAGCUGUUAGCUGUAGUGUUCAGAAAAUACUAAUAGUUACUUUUUACAGGAACUCAGCGUAACACACGAUAUAAUUCCGUGGGCUUUUACUCAUACCUAUGUGAUAUAUUUUUUUGACGCAAACAAUAAAUUAAAUUCCUUCGAUUUUCUUUUUUUAAUAAUUAUAGGUAGGUGUAAUUAAAAUUUCUGCUGUCGUUCUACGUGUUUUUAUUUGAUUCGUAUUUCCAAAUGGUUGAGAUUUGAUUAAACGUCUUAGGUUUUACGAACUGGCCAAUCGUAAAAGGGAUUAAUUAGCCUGUACGUUACGCAUAUAUUUACUUCUAAUAAUUAUAGAGAUCGACGCGGUUUCUUGCCUCUGUUUACCAAACCUUUUCUCCACGUUUCUAACACCAAACAUCCAACUCCUUUCGAAGUCGACGGUUUGUCUGACAAGCACUCGUAAAAUCAACGCUCGUUUCAUCUCAACACCGAAAAUGUUUUCAUGUAUACCUUCACACUCGAAUAAACUAAAUAGUAUAAUAAUAAAAGAGUACCUUUACAAUCUCACACACAGUAAAAUAUUAUAUGAUGUGUAGAACGUGGGUAUAUACUUUAUUUAGCGACGUCGAUAAAUAAGUUUUAUUCGGUUUCCUUUUUCUAGACGCGUAUACGGUCAAACUCACGAUACUCGAUAUACCUACUCGUAUAUUAUGUAGUAAAUGUUCGGCAAUUUUGUUUUAUUAUUAUUUAUCAGAGACAUGAAAUAAAAAAGUAUUACCACCAACUAUUGGUGUUGUGGAUUUCCCGGAGACUUACAAAUCGAUAAUUGUAUCGUAACAAUAAUUUGUAUCCAUAUAUAAUAUUAAUAAGACCGUCUAUGAUGAUCAGUACAGCAAUAAUUGUUUAUUGCCAAAAAAAAAGAAGUAGGUAACUAUUUGAUUACUGCUGUGUUGAAUUAUUAAUUAUUACCUAUACCUAUACUAUUCUGAGGAAAACAUGCAUGAUUCGUUGUUGUCGACUUAUCGAGAUUCCAUCGUAUACUGACUACGUACAUUACCUAUGUAUAAAUUUUAAUAAUGUCAAGAUAUCACAACUACUCAAACUCGUUAUAUCACAGGAAGUUCAAAAUAUAAAUAAAUCUAAACGACAACGAAUGUUUACGAUGCAGUACAGCGGCUGUAAGAUACUUAGGUUUCCCAUUACCAGUUUUAUGUUAUACGGAUAUCGCCACUAUAUUUUAUAUUAAAUGAUAAAUUUACAUGAAAGAUACCACACAUUACUUUUUUCUUCGCAUUUUUCCAGUCUACAAUACUUCUUGUACCUGCAAUUUCUAUUCCUUUGCAUUUGUAUUAACCGUUACCAUUAAUGUAUACUUAACAAUAUAUUCGUGUCAAUUUUUUCCUUUAUAUUAUAGAUGUAUAUGUUAUAAUUUAAAUUCAUUCAAUAUACUUUUUUAUUUUUAUUUUUUAAAUUCGCAUUCUAUACCUUCUUUGUUUCGUUGGUUAUAUGUAUCGAUUAUUUUACAAACCAAUAUCUAAAAUCAUAUAAUAUAAAAAAUAAAUAUGUAUUUUCCAACAGUAAUCGCGAUCUAGUGUCUAUUAUACGAUGAUAAAAAUUUGAAGUCAUACAUUUUUAUAAUAUUUCCAAAAUAAAUGGAUUAAAUGAACAUAAAAUACUGUCAGUCUCUGAUUUAAUUAACUUAUACAUAAUUAUUAUAUUAUAAUUAUACUUUCUUAAAGAUAUAAGAAGUAAGUAGAAAUCUUAAAAUGUACAAUAUAUUAUCAUUUAUUGAUCCUAUAUCAAUUUUUGUCUUUAUAAUAAUGGCCUUCCAUCAAUGUUAUCAUUACAUAUUUUUAUUUUAUAAGAUUUACUAUAUUAUUAUUAUAUUGCAUUUAAGCAACCAUUCUCACAUUGUUGUGAAUAAUAUUAUUUCGUACACAAUUGUAUAUUUGUGAAUACUUAAAAAAAUAUCUAAUAUAAAAAUAUUAGUUAAAUAUAUUCCCUAUACAACCUCGAAGCACCAACUAUCACCGAAUUAUGUAAAAUGAUACUUGUUGUAAGCUGUUGUAAUAAUAACAUAGUGUAUUAUGAAUAUUAAGUAAUAUUAUUUAGUGUUUAAAAAUCUACAUUAAGAAAUUAUAAUCGGAAAGAACAAAUUUAUUCAGAAAAACAUUCAAAUAUGUUACGUAUGGCUUAAAAGCUAUUAAACGUUCACUAGGUAUUAAAAUAUUUAAAUGUAUGUAUACAAUAAACAUUGAUUUCGACAUCAAUAUUAGUCUAGAUCAAUAUUAUUAUAUAUUCAUAUUAUAAUUUAAUGAUAUAUUAUUAUGAUUGUUCAUUUAUUUUUUAAAACUAAAUAGUUAAAAACUUUAAUAUUUAUAUUGUAUAACGUGUUAGAUAGUUAAGUAAUAUUUAAUAUAUUAUAAUUAAAUUUAGUGUUACUGUUUUUAUGAUACAUUUUAUGUAAAAUUUACUAGUAGAUCAUAUCGAUCAUUGUAAUUGUUUUUACCAUCAAUGUGUUACUCGCUUGGAGAAUCCGUGUUCAAUAUAAAUGAUUUACCUGAUCCAAGAAAUUAUCUGCUAAUGAAAUCGUGAUCAAAAUUAAUGUUUGAAAAUGUAAAAGAAUAAGAAAGAGAUUGUUUUGCUAGAUAAACAUAAAUUUACAAAUUAGGUGUAUUUUUUGACAAAAUCGCGUAAUUAAAUAAAUAUAUUAAGAAACUUUAUAUUGGACAUCAUCGUUACAACGAUGCGAUCGGGUAAUGCAAUAUAAUAUGAUUAUGAUCUAUGGUGUAAAAACUAAAUUGUAAAUAGAGUCAUUUGCCAUACAAGCUGAAUAAUUAUGUUUUUUCGAUAUUAUUUUUACUUCAAAAAUAUUUAUAUAAUUAUUUGUUAGAAUAAAAAACAUGUUAGUCUCAAUAAAUAAUGAAUAUAUUAUUUAUUAUUUUCCAUUAUUCAAAGUUCUAGUCUAACUGUGUAUUUACCUACGACAUAAAAAAACAAAAAUUAAUGAUGAAAAAUUAUAACCAAUUUACGAUUAUGGUGAAGAAUGCUUAUGACUUUUACUUGACAAAAAAAAAAUAAUAAAUAAAUAAUAUUAGAUUCUGAAAAGAACUGCAAAUGUAUUUUUAAUUAAAUAUUUGAAUAUAGUGUUUAAGUAUAAACACUCGACGAUUCUCAUGUAAAAUCUCUAUUAAUUGGAAAUGUAAAAUAACUGGCACUUAAGUACUUAAAAUAGGGUUCUAUAAAUGUGUUUAUCGAUUUCGAGAAAAUUAUAAAAAAAUCUACAAAAUAAUUGUAAAGGUAUACAUGAGCGUGGUUUUAAUUAAUUUCAGUUUUAAUUGGUUAAAUAAAGGGCUGAUUCAAUAAGAUUUAAGGCCCAUUGUACACACUCUGUCACCUAAGCAGUAAUGGUCUCAGUCUCAGUAACUCUUUAUUCGUGCAUCUAAAUUCAACUUGAACUUAAAAAUAUUGGAAAAAUGCUGAUUGACUUGCAACUCUCAUACUUCAUAUUAACUAUUUAUGGCUGUAUCUAUUAAUUGAAGUGAUUAGUUAUUGAAUAUCAUAAUUCAUAAAUCCAUAGUUCGUUUAAAAAAAUACUUAAUCUCUGGUUAGUUUCUCCUGUUCAUCUCUAAUAAAAUCAUUACUUUUUAAUUUUUUUUUGAGAUAAUGAAUGAUUAUUCAGAUAUCACUCUUGGAUAGUAGGUAAAAAUAUAAGCAAAACUCAGUAAUGUAAUAGAUUAACAAAAAAAGAGAGAACACUAGCUCCUACAGUCAAGUACAUUUCAAAAAAAAAAAAAAAAGUAGAAAUGUAAUCAUUAUAUUUCUUAAAAAUAUUUUAUUAUUGAAUAAAAAAAAAUUGUUAUGUGUAGGUAUACAAAAAUGUUAUAAAUAUAUUUUUUUUAAUAUUAAUAGGCUAUAUAAUAAAAACUUAUAAAAUACCUUGUAUUAAGUUAUUAAGGUUUUUUCUCGAAAAUAAACAUGUUAUUUUAUAUUCAAUUAAAUAUUAUAAUAAAUAUUUAUAGUUAAAAGCUAUUAAAAUAUUCAUUAUUUAAAUGUAUUUAGUAAUAAAUAUUAAAAUAUUAAUUACCUAUAGUAGUUAUCAUGCUCAUCUUGCCAAUUUUCUUUUUAUAUAUUAUACUCAAAUUAAUUUAUCUUUAUACUUUUGAUAGCUAUAUCCCCUAGACGUGAUACACAGAUUUGAACGAAUUGUUUAAAUUAAUGAUUUACACAAUUUCGAUAACAAAUAAUUUAUGAAGUAUAUAUUAUUAUACACAUAUGUAUAAAUGCUUAAUUGUAUCUAUAUACUACACCAUUUAUAAAGAUUCAUGACAAAGA